AUGACCACCGCCGCCAAAAUAGACGCCCUCGUCGCCUGGGCCGAGUCCCACGGCGCCGUCCUGCACCCCUCCGUCGAGGUCUACCAUGACGCCGCCACCGGGCUCUCCUUCCGCGUGAAGCCCACCGCCGUCACCACCGACGGCCACCCGGCGCUACCCGGCAACUUCUCCGCCGCCGUCGUGCGCCUCCCCUCCACGCUCUCCCUCUCCUACCUCAACGCCAUCCACCCCUCCGGCAGCUGCCCCCCUCUAGCCGCCGCCCUGCGCAAUGCGCUCCCGCCGCACGUCCUCGGCCGCCUGCUGCUCGUCCGCGAGUACCUCGCCGGCGCCUCCUCCUUCUGGCACCCGUACCUGCAGUGCCUUCCCCAGCCCGGCGGCGCCUCCUCCGAGUGGCGCCUGCUGCCCCCGUUCUGGGACGACGACGACGCGGAGCUGCUCGACGGGACGAACCUGGAAGUCGGCCUCGCUCGCGUCCGCGGCGACCUGCGCCGCGAGAUCGCCGCCAUCCAAGCCGCCCUCCGCCAGGACCACCCGGAGGAGGCGGAGGCGACGGACAGGCGCCUGGCCGACCGGUUCACCCCGGACCUGUACCGCUGGGCGUACGCCGUCUUCUCCAGCCGCAGCUUCCGCCCCAGCCUCGUCCUCGCCGCCGCGCAGCGCCGGCUCGUCCCCGCCGGCGUCGCCGUCGACGACUUUUCCGUGCUGCUCCCGCUGCUCGACGUCGGCAACCACGACAUGACCGCGCCCGUGCGAUGGUCCAUCCUCGACGAUGGCUGCGAGCUGCGGCCCGGUCGUGCGCAUGCCGCGCCCGGCGAGCAGGUGUUCAACAACUACGGCGCCAAGACCAACGCGGAGCUGCUCCUGGGCUACGGCUUCGCGAUCCCGCCCUCCGCCGCGCUGCACAACGACUACGUCCACGUGCGCAGCAGGCGCGGCGCCGGCAACGCCAACCCGGGGACCACGGAGGAGUACCUGAUCUCGGCGCGGCCGCUCGCCGACGCCAGCUCCGUGCUCGCGCGCGGCAGGUUACCUCCGUACCUACCCGCCGAGCGCGCAGGGGAGGUAACGCCCGCGUUCCAGCACGUUGCCCCCGAGAUGGCAUGGGACAUCUUCGCCGCCCUCGCGCCUCCGGGCGUCCACGAGGCGCUGACACCCGAGGCGGGGGCGGAUGAGGUCGAGCGGCGGCUGCGGUUCCUGACGGGGAGGGUGGGCGGCGCGUGCUUGCCGCACUUUGCGCGGACGGCGGCGGUGAUGCGGAACAAGCUGCUGCAGGAGCUGGAGCGCCUGCGGGAGACGGACGUGGAGGUCGGCGAGGGGGAGGGCGCGCGGCUGACGGCGUGCCAGAGGCUGGCGCUGGAGUACAGGGAGCGCUGUCGGGGCGUGCUGGAGGGCGCGCUGGAGAGCAUGGACAGGGACAGGACGCUGGCGGCGGCCAUGGAGGCCAUGGACGAGGAGGAGCAGGAGUAG